AUGCUGCGGUUCAAUGGCGGCGGACAUAUAAAUCACACGAUAUUCUGGCAAAACCUUUCGCCCAAAGGCGGCGGCGAACCGGAGGGCGAUCUCCUCAACGAAAUCAAGGAGUCGUUCCAAUCCUUCGACAAGUUUAAGACACAGAUGUCUGCGGCGGCGGCCGGUGUGCAGGGGUCGGGGUGGGCGUGGCUCGGGUACGACCCCAAGACACAGAAACUACGGGUGCAGACCUGUCCCAAUCAGGACCCACUGCUGGCCACCACUGGUUUGGUGCCACUGUUUGGCAUUGAUGUCUGGGAACACGCCUAUUAUCUGCAGUACAAGAAUGUGAGACCCGAUUACGUGACCGCCAUCUGGAAUGUCGCCAAUUGGAAGGACGUGGAGGACAGGCUUAGGGCCGCUAAAGCCCUCUAA